AUGGCUAACAGCAGCCCGCCAGAUUACAAGGCGCUCUUUUUGAGGGCAGAGGAGGAAAAGAGACAGGCGGAGGAGCGCCAACAGCAAGCAGAGGAACGCCAACGGCAAGCAGAGCAGGAAAGGGACCAGGAAAGAGAGCAAACACGACGAACCACCUUUGCAGAGCUAAUUCGAUACUGCCACAACUAUACUUCUCUAUGCCUGAGAGUCGAAAGUCCGUCUCGCUCUACGACAGGAAAGGUUCCGGCGCCUAAGGGGAAGCGCUGUCCGCUGCAGCUUCUGCCUUGGACUGAGUGCACAUCCAUACAGCAAGAGAUCUAUCACUCCGUCUGCACAUAUUUAGCACCGCAUGGACAGCCUGCUGCACAAAUAUUCCCGUCACGUGCUGUCCUGAAGGGGUUUGGGGAAGAGUUCAAGAAGAGAGCUAUAAGCAGUGAGCAGGAUCUGCAAAGCUAUGAGAGAUUCGGGGUGGAGAACCAUGUUCGUGAUAUAAUCACGGAACUCUGCAAGAUACGUGCUGCUCGAGAGGAAUUUCAGUUAGGCGAUGGAAUUCAGUUCGAUAAUCACGCAAAUGCCCUUGAUGCGAUCGAAACAGACCAGUCUAAAACAGAUAACUUGGCGAAUUCCCGACCGGACCAAUAUUGCAUCCACCGUGUCGAAGGUGAUAAAAGUACAACUAUUAUGACUGUUGAGUACAAGCCGCCCCAUAAGCUAUCUGUAGAAAAUCUUCGAGCGGGUUUGCGACCAAUGCGGUUCUGGAAUGAGGUGGUCAGACCGGACUCUGUUCCCAUGAAGGGCCCUGAGAAACUGAGAUACAAUGCGGCAUGGCUAACCGGCUCAGCUGUGGUCCAGGAGUAUCAUGUCAUGCUCCAGGAAGGACUGGAGUAUUCAUAUCUAACUAACGGGAUUGCAUUAGUUUUGCUGUGGGUUCCCUAUGACAAUCCAGGCACCUUAUACUACCAUCUCUGUGAACCCAACAUGGAAGUUAAUCCGGAUAAUGAACCGAGUUCUCUACAACAGCCGCUAACAGCUGUUGCUCGGGUAUUGUGCUUAUGUCUCAUGAGUUUCCGCUCACAAUAUCGUGACCAGGAGUGGCGGAAUGCCACAAAGAAGCUGCCAGAAUGGAAGACAAGUUUCGAUCAUACACGUUCCCAGAUCCCGGAAUUGGAAUUGCAACAAAACCCGCCCGAUUCGGAAUACACAGCAUCGGAGUAUACGAGCUCCGAACCUACUACAUCAGAAUAUAUACCGUCUUCGUCUCCUGCUCCACCCCCUGCCGACGCCCGCCGAAUACCCACCCGGUCUCGAGCUAGCUGCGCGUCGCCGAACUUGACACCACGAGAUGAUGCUGAUUCUGACGCAGAUCAAGCUCCAGGAGGAAGGAAACGUGGUUACAGCCAGAUUCUAUCAUCUCCUUCGUCUCCAUCUGCUCAACGAUCAACACGUCUGGCGGGAUCUCGAUAUAUCCAAAGCAGUGGACAAGGUCAGCAGCACACCGCACAGUUUUGCACCCAGAAAUGUCUACGUAGCCUGCAACGUGGUGGUCAGCUGGAUGACAAUUGCCCAAACGUCAUGCUCCACCGACAGGGAGGGAACAGCAGCCAACACCCCAUCAAUGCCAAAACGCUGAUCAGGCAACUCAAGCAGCAACUAGACAAAAAUAUCGACCGAGACUGCACACCUCUGGGGGGUUGUGGCGCAUCGGGAGUCCCGUUUAAAGUCACUUGUACGGCAUAUGGAUAUACUAUGGUCGGUAAAGGAACAACUCCCCAACGGUGGGAGGAGGUCAAACGUGAGGAAGUUGUAUACCGGAUACUCGACCAAGCACAGGCUUCUGCUGUUCCUGUUUUUCUGGGGGCAAUUGAUUUGGCCAAAUCCUACUACGUUCAUGGAGCUGGCGAGAUUCGCCACAUGCUCAUCAUGGCCUGGGGGGGUGAACCUAUACCUGAGAUUGAGCGUGAUAAGAGGACACGUGAGAUUGCGAGGUCUGAGAAGAAGAUCCGUUCCCUGGGAGUCUUGCACGGGGACCUCCGGCUGGCCAAUAUUCUGUGGAACGCUGAGCUGGGACGGGCCUUAAUCAUUGACUUUCACUACGCGGAACUAAAUCACCGUCCGAUGAAAAGGCGGGUGAAGUCAUGUGGGAAGCAUUUGCACAGGCGAAAACGACUUUGUAUCGUCUAA